AUGGUAUUAAUUAAGUAUCGAAAUUUGCAGGCGCAUCCUUGGAAGUUACUCGCGACGCUGCGAAGCUACUUGACGGAGAGCUCGCGCGACGUCCGAUGCGGCGAGCGCAAGCUAGUGCAGUAUUACCCCAAGUUACCAGACCUGUUAAAUUCCAAUUCCGAGUCGAGGAUGGUGGUGUGUCCGCCGCGGGCUAUUUUCUCGUCACCCGCCGUGCCACGUGUCGCGUUCGUCGACCAGCGGCUCGUUAGAAAAACGAUACCGCUGGCGCGACACUCAUCCUCCUUCGUGGAGACGCGGAUCGAGCUACCGGUGGUGGAUAUUACGUGCAAUUACAAUUCUUACCGCUACAAGACCUUCGAGGAUAGCCUGAGGCGGCAGUACGGCGCUAAUUAUCCCCCGGGCGCAGUGGUGCUUAAUUAUAUCCAAUUAAAUACGCCGGACUCGAGAACCGGAGUGGAAGACGACGCCAGCGAUGAUCUGCUGGAUCUCUUCGACGGAAACGACGCCUGCACGUACUCGUCGGUGUCCACGAAGUUGGAAACGGAAUACCUGAAUCUGUUGGAUCAUUUCAUAUUGAAGCAGCAUGGGAGAGCUCUGACCGCGGGCAAGUUUACCGAGACGCUCUCGCCGGAUGAAAGAAAUCUCCAAGUGACGUCGCACGCCGGUACAUGGAGCCAAUCCACCCUGAGAAGUUCGGUCGCUCAAGAAAAGGAAUCUGGGUCAUCCAGCAAUCAGCGUUCUACAAAAGGUGCGAAACACAAUCAAACGAUUCUCGAUUAUUGUAAUUUUAAUUAUUAUUCGGCAGUUCGUAGAAAGUAA